GCGGUCAGCAAAUAAACGAGAUACCAUUCACGUACAUACAUACAUACUGCGAAAACAAAAUAAAACGCACGCAAUGUGAACAAAAUUCACAAAAUUGAGCAAAAAUUUCGGACAAAUUUGUGUGUGUAAAAUGUUGGACGAAAAAUUGAAGAAAGUACCGUGACAGUAAAAUUGAAUGACAGACAGAAAAUCUAUUUUUGAGUUGGCGGCGCGGGGGUUCUUCUGGAAAUCCAAUACCACGGAAUGACGAACAUCAAAUCGAGCCGCAAAGGUACGCGAUUGAACGACGCGCGGCACUUUCGACUGCCUCUGCCGCACGCGCGCAAGAAGAUGACGAUGAUACGGGUGAUGAUGCCGCGCAUUGCCGAUUGUUCGAUCUCGGAUUGUUCGCAACAUGUCGCGAAUCCCGCGGAGUCGCGAGACAAUCGCAGAACGGUGGAGUCGAGGCAGAGCUCGGUCGAAAUCGCGCUUGUGGCCUGUCGCGGCUUCGAAGACAUCGAACAAAAUAAGGAGAGACACAGAGACGUUUGCGUGCAAACUGAAGUUAUCGAGCCUUCCGUUAGCGAUUCGUCAUCAUCCUCAUCUUCACAAGUCGAGGAUUGUCGGGAGAAGAACAGUCAUCAGGAAACCGAAGUUCGGGAGCACGGCGAAAAAUUGCGGGACCGAGAGGUCUGCGAGAUCGUCGACCAGAAUCACGUCGGGAAGAAGAUUGAAGAAGGGGAGAAGAAAGGCAACAAUUGGUGGAGGGACGGCGGGCAAACAAUUUUGCAGUUUUUCGCCAAGAUCCUGGGGAAACGCGGCGGGAUGUGCGCCAAGGGAGGAAUGACAGAUCGUGUCUUGCCUGGCGGCAAACAGCAGCGCGUCAAGCGCGUCUCGAGGGGCGGCGGAAGCCAUAACGGGCACAUAAGGGACGUCGAUAGGGGUAUACGGUUGAGGAGAGUCAACAACGGCUAUAUCGUGAAUCACGUCUGCAGAGACGAGGGAAACGGCGGCGACCUGACGAAGAAAAAUAAGUCACGCGAGGAACAGCAUUAUCCCUCGAUACUCGUGCGACAGAUACAGCGAACGCGUGACAAAAAUCUACGGGUCUUGCUGCUCGAGCGAGAGCUGCGUCUACGUUCGUCGAAGAUCGUCAAGGAGAACAAAACCCGUCUCGUCCCGGACGAAGCUGUUCGGCAAUUGAGCAGCCCUCUGUGUUGAUCAGCUCCGGCAAACUAAAGAAGAAGAAGAAGAAGAAGAAGAAGAAGAAGAAGAAGAAGAAGAAGAUCGGGCGAACUUUCUGGCGAAAGAAUCUUGUAGACAUACAAUCAGACGGAUGACAGUCUUAUCUUCGCUCGACCUCGGGGUCUUAUCUCUCUUAGAAACGUAUCCUAGCGGAAGAUAUGCACCGAAACUACUGUUAGUUUUCUUUUUUCUUUUUUUUGUUUUUUUUGUUUAUCGACCUUUGAUACAUGACGCUCGGCUAUGACCAAAGCACACGAACCAAUCGUCGACGUGCAAUUUGAUGAUUCGCCGUACCUUUCUCGGUCUGCGACGGUUCCCGUGACACCGACCUGAUGUUGGUCUCGUGAAGCAUCUCGAGAUGCGAGUGGCUCCCGAU